AUGAGAAAGAUCCUCUGCGUAGCAGAGAAGCCCAGCAUCGCGAAAGCGGUUGCCAACCACUUAGCUGGCGCACAUGUUCCUGCGCGAAGCGUCACUGGAUCGACGUACACGAAGAACUAUGAAUUUGAUUACAACUUUGGACCGCCGUGGAACCAGUGCCGGGUCGUGUUUACCAGCGUUGCGGGCCACUUGACCGUCACCGACUUCGAUCCGAAGUACAAGAACUGGCGGGCGUUUCCGGCGACGGAGUUAUUCGAGGCGCGGAUCGAUGUGUUUGUUAAGGAUGACAAUAAACCCAUUGAGCGGAACAUCGAGCAAGAAGCUCGUGGUGCGUUCGCACUCUUUAUCUGGACGGACUGCGAUCGCGAAGGCGAGCAUAUCGGAAUGGAGGUCCGAAACGCCGCCAGAAAGACCAACGCGAAUAUACAAGUGAAGAGGGCGAUUUUUAGUAACAUCGAGCGAGCCCAUAUAAUUGAAGCCUCCCGAAGAUUCCAUGAGCUCGACGAGAAACAGGCCGCCGCAGUCGAAACGAGAAACGAGCUUGAUUUACGUAUAGGUGCAGCGUUUACACGGUUCCUUACAUUGAGCCUCCAAAAAGUGUCGCCAAAACUAGAAGAUCGGCCCGUAAUAAGCUAUGGCUCAUGUCAGUUCCCGACGCUCGGCUUCGUCGUGGACCGAUACUGGAAGGUUCGAAACUUCACGCCCGAGCCGUUCUGGAAGAUUGCGGUGAUGCAUCAAAAGCAGGGCAUGGACGUGCGAUUUACCUGGAAAAGAGGGCAUCUGUUCGACCGGAUGACGGUCGUCAUUCUGUUCGAGCGCUGUUUGGCCGCGAAGCAUGCACGAGUGAGCAAGGUCACCAAGAAACCCACUCGAAAAUACCGUCCGCUGCCUUUGACGACGGUGGAAUUGCAGAAGAAUGGGACUAGGUUCUUAAGGCUGGACAGUAAACGGGUUAUGACGGUUGCUGAAUCGCUGUACAAUAAAGGGUGGAUUAGCUAUCCCCGUACGGAGACAGACCAAUUCGACAAAGCCACGAACCUAAGGCCGUUCAUCGAGAAGCAGGCACAAAGUACCCAAUGGGGACAAUACGCUCAAGGCCUGUUAGACGGUGGCUUCCAGUUCCCCCGUUCCGGUCGAAACAAUGACAAAGCCCACCCCCCAAUCCACCCCGUCAACUUCGUCUUUCCCAACACCCUCGCCUCCGACGACGAGCGCCGCGUCUACGAAUUCAUCGUCCGCCGCUUCCUCGCCUGCUGCUCGGCCGACGCGCUCGGCGAAUCCACCACCAUCGACCUGACCUACGGACCCGAGCGUUUCGCCACAUCGGGACUUACCGUCCUCGAGAAGAACUACCUCGACGUGUACCCGUAUGAGCGGUGGGAGAGCAGCGCGCAGCUGCCGCCGUUCGCGGAGGGGGAGACAUUCGUGCCGACCGAGGCGAAUAUCGUGGACGGGAAGACGACGGCGCCGGAUUAUUUGACGGAGCCGGAGUUGAUUGAGUUGAUGGAUCGGAACGGGAUAGGGACGGAUGCGACGAUGGCGGAGCAUAUUUCGAAGGUGAAGGAGAGGGAAUAUAUUAGGGCGGUGGCAAGGAGUGGUGCUGGUGCGGGUGAAGGGGAAGAGGAAGGACAGGGUAAUGUAGGACGAGGGGCAAGAGGGAGUCGCGGCGGACGUGGCGGACGUGGCGGACGAGGUGGACGUGGAAGUAGCGCAGGCAGAGGAGGGGGACGGGGUGGUCUGGACCAACUGGUUCCGACGCAGCUAGGCGUGGCGCUGAUCGACUGGUACGAGAGUCUGAACCUGGAUAAGAACGUGGCCAAGCCGUUUCUACGGAAAGACCUCGAAGUACAGCUCAAGGCCAUAUGCGACGGCGCCAAGACCAAGACCCAAGUAGUGCAGACAGAGGUCGAAGUGUAUCGAGAAAUCUAUGCGCGACAGAGUCAACAAGUGGCUCUGCUCAAAGCGGUAUGUUCUCCGAUGUGGCUUUCCGACCGUGAUGCAAGAUUACAAUACUGA